GUCAGAUUCCCAACUCCGUAUACACUUUAAAUUGGGAAAAUCAAAUCAUUGCUCCUAUAAUAUUUUACUAUUUAUUUACAUGUCCAAAUCUGGAAUUCUUGAUGAAAAGCAGAGAAAUUAUGCCUGAAAUGCAGAGAAAGGGGAACGGCCUGGGGACGAUGGGAAAGAAGGAGAAGAUCGG